AUGUUGCGGAGGACCAUCCAAUCUGACAGAGACAACAUGAGCGCCAACAUCAUGAAGCCUGCAUCUUUUGCUAAAGUCGGGUCGCUAGUAUUUUUAGCCACCGUAUCAAGACCGGAUAUUGCGUUCGCGGUAAACGCAGUGAGCAAGUACCUGAGUAAACAUAACACGACACACUGGCGAGCAGUGAAGCGAAUCUUCGCGUAUCUAAAAGGCACAAUCAAAUACGGCAUCGAGUAUGCAAGCGGCGGUAGCAAAGCAGAGUUAAUCGGAUUCUCACAUGCUGACUACGCUGGAGAUAUUGAGACGCGAAGAUCUACGACGGGAUACUUCUUCUGUUUCGCUAACGGUGCCGUCACGUGGUUAUCGCAGCGGCAACGACCCGUGACGUUAAGUACAACGAAAGCCGAGUAUGUAGCAGCAUCUACAGCAGCACGAGAAGCUCUUUGGAUAAAAAAAUUACUAUCGGUCAUCAGAUGUCCAUGUGAUAAAGAGACGAGCUUAUACGUUCUGGUGAACAAUCAGUGGUGCUUUAAGGAAGUGGCUAGUGAAGCUUGCCACCAAAACAUAAAUGGAAUACGUAUGGAUGUUGAAGCCCAAGAUCAGCCACCAAAACGGGUUGAGGGGUUGAUGAUCGUAGGUUUGGAUUACAGUCACCCAAGCAGUAUGUUAAAUUUGGAUCAAAUUAAGUUGCUGAAAGAAACUAUUUGUUUACACUGUUCAAAAGUUAUGUAA